CCGGCGGUGCCACCGGGUCCCGUUGUCCGCAGCGUCCCGGGGCGGUCGGUAUGGCGGGCCGGGGCCGCGGCCGGGGCCGGGGGCAGAUGACGUUCAACGUGGAAGCCGUGGGCAUCGGCAAGGGGGACGCGCUGCCGCCGCCCACGCUGCAGCCCGCGCCGCUCUUCCCGGCCCUGGAGCGCCGCGCCGCGCCCCUGCCCGGGGGCGAGGAGGGCGAGUACAUGCUGGCCCUGAAGCAGGAGCUGCGCCGGGCCAUGCGGGGGCUCCCCUACUUCGUCAAACCGGGGGCUCCCCGCAGAGACAUCGAGCGCUACUCCGACAAGUACCAGCUCUCGAGCCCCGUGGACAACGCCAUCGACUGGAACCCAGACUGGAGGCGGCUCCCGCGGGAGUUGAAGAUCCGCGUGCGGCGGGUGCGGAAAGGCCGGACCGCUGCCCUCGUCCCCAAGCAGCGCGUGGCUCUGGACAAGGAGGAGGCUCUGAAGAAGCUGGAGAGCCUGGAGAAGAAGGAGGAGGAGGUGACAUCAGAGGAGGAAGAGGAGAAGGAGGAGGAAGAAGAGGGAAAGGAGGAGGAGGAGGAGGAGUACGAUGAGGAGGAGCACGAAGAGGAGACCGACUACGUCCUGUCCUACUUCGACAACGGGGAGAGCUUCGGCCCCGACAGCGACGACAACGGCGACGAGGCGGUGUACUGAGCCCCGAAAUGGGACACCCCGAAAUGGGGACACCCCAACAACGGGGACACCCUGAAAUGGGGACACCCCCACAACGGGGACACCCCGAAACGGGGACACCCUGAAAUGGGGACACCCCAACAACGGGGACAC